AUGAGGUCCUUUCUGGCCUCUCUCUGUCGGAGACUAAAUAUGACUGGAAACAGAAACAAGAAAAGCAGUCAAAUCGAAAGACCUAGUUCUUUUUCUUCUAAGGCAGUAGUUGAAUUUGGGGAAAAUUCGAAGAAUGAGGAGGAAUCCAGACCAAGUGAGAGUGGUGCAUGUAUACCUCGGAAUGGGCUCGGCGAGUGUAGUAAUGACGGCGAAAGUGAUUCCCGAGCCGAAAAGUAUAGAUCUCGCUUGGAUAAACUAUUGCAGGGAAUAAACAAAUGGCAGGAAGUGCUAUUGGCAGAGAUGCAAGCUAGGCACAAGAUGAGAGAGGCGGAAAUCAAACGAUCGGCUGUUUCUCAAGCAGAUGCUAGCUUCAUGAAAGAAGUUCAACGACUACAAGCAGAAGGACAACUUGGAGCUUUUGAGAAGCUUUUCAAGCUUGCGAAUGCUUGUCAAUCAGCACGUGAUGGACUGGGUCCUUUAGAACAUGAAGGUUUUGAGGCCCAGAAAAAAGUCCAGGGGCAGGUGUGGGAAUUACAACAAGUAGAAGAUGAACUUUUUGAAAGUUUUGCAUCCGAGCUUGGAGAAAGCUAUCAUGAGUCUUCGGUGAUUUCAAGCUCAAGCUCAGCACACGACAUCUUGGGAAUCUCUCCUUUAGUCAUUACGAAUAAUCACGAAAUUCAAAAGCGACAAAGUGGAGAUACCAGAGACCAAAUUUGUCGAUCGGAGACAGUCUCUACUAUCACUGAUGAACAACAAAACAAUUACAAAUCCCCUGAUUUCAUCGACGAAUUCAAAAAGAAAAGGUCCGAUGUGCACGAUUUGAGAAUGUUAUUCAGCCAUGACGAAACUCAACUUGUUCCGGCAAUCCGCUUCAGACACUCCGUGGAAUCGUUUUCCCACAUGAACGUAUCGGGUAAGGGACCACUUUCAAUUGAUCUGAAUAGCAUUGGAGUACAUCAAGAUUCAAUAUUGCUAGGACUAGAAAAUGAGGAAGGGGAUUGGCACCAGGAGCCACACUAUGAGUCUACGUUAUUAUUGGAUCCAGAAGUUGUUGAAAUUAUCAACGAUGAAGAGCAACAACUUGAAACAGCUCCUGGUUCAGAUUCUGGAGUGCCCGACCUAGAUCUGCUUGAGAACAACCAUAUGAGCACUUCCGACCCGGAACAGCAUUCAAGCACGGAAUCGUUUCCUGAAUUACUAACGCAAUUUGGCACCAAACGUGAUCGAAUCAAUAAAUGGUUGCUACACAGGAUACUCAUAUCUAGAUCAGAAGCGAGUCUUAUUGGGUUACAGCUACAAAAAGAGCCAGACUCAUCGCCAUCCCCAUGGGCGAAGUUGAUUGUUGCCUAUUUUCAAUUUGCUUGCAACACCUCAAUGCCUACGAACAGUCAAGAAGUGAAGAACAUGAGCACGGAGGGAAAACUUUCAGAAUUUCAGCAGUCUUCAAAUCACCGGGAAGAAAGUACAAUGAUCAUUUCUCAUCCUACUCUACUUUCCAUGACUACCGCUGAAGAUACCGCAGCUGCUCUCAUAGCACAUCCACGCGAUGAUAAAAACAACGAGCCUUGCAACAAUCUACCUCAUCAAUCGACAUUAGAAGGAUUAGCGCAAGUCGAAUCAUCCAAUGCUCGUUCAAUCGAAGUUGAUCUACCUAGUCUCCAAGUGUUUUAUUCCGAAAGGCCAACUACGAUGACACGUGAGGGAAUGGCAACUUGA